UUGGCUGCGAUAAGACGUGUGUUUGGUUCGUACCGCGACGAUCCCUCCAUCGCGGCUACGCGAGAGACUCCUUUUUUCUCUUUCCCUCCCUCUCUCGCUUGUGUGUGCGCGCGCGCGUGUUUUCGUGUUUGUGUGUGCGUGCUUGAUCUGUACGAAGUGGCAGUGACUGGCUCGGCCGCAGGACCCGGACAGUGAGAGAAAUUUAUCGGUCGUUUGCGAACCGUCGAAUAAUUUGGUUCCUAAGCCGGAAUCGCUGUGGCCAUCGAGGACUCGACCGAGCCUUUCAGUGUUCUCUCGUUCCUUUCUCUGUUUCGUGCUACUGUGUUUCUUAUGGACAAGCACCGCCCCCUUUCCACCUCCGUCCCUCCGAACGCAACGUUAUGAGGCCAGCUGAGCGUAACUGACGGGAAGAGGGAGAACGGAUAGCGUGCGUGUGUCAAACAUAACCUAAGCGUCGUCACCCGUGGAUCCAGUGACUACGCGAAAAAAAACGUGGCGCGUAUUUUCAACGCACCUGCGCCCGUGGCUCGUGACACUCGCGCAUCGAGGACACCUUUUGUCUCGAUAAGAGUAUCGAGCACUAAACGAUUCAAGGAACCGACGACCGUGCUCGUCCCUUUCUCGACGCUUCCGAAGAGAAACGUCUGACACGCAACGUCCAGUCUACCAUCAACGGUACCGAGAAAACGUGCACGAGGACAUCGACUCUUUCUCGAGUGUUAACCUCCGUGCAUUAUCGCUUUCGUCGUAGUCGCGAUAAAGGACGCGACCGCAGUCGCUGCUGUGUUCGAGCGUGGUGUCACGAAACCCCCUCGUCCCACUAUUUCCCGCCGUUCUCGAAAAGCGCGCGUCAUUCGAAACGCAAAGUUCGCGUCGAACGAGUAACCACGAAACGCGAUUAAUUAUUCCCACGGAACUCGGUCGCUCCGAAUUUUAAUCGACACUCUACGCUCCAAUCGCUCCAAGACGCAACGGAUACACCUUGUGCUCUCGAACCUCACCAUGGAAUCAACUACGACAUUCGCAUCAUUCGACCUGUGAACGACCACACUUUCCGUAUAAUACGGUGCGACGAAUUUACAAGGCCUGUUAGCAGCGAUUGCGGGGAAAGCCACGGUACGACGAUCAUCGAUAAACGUCGAUGAUCAUAAAGCUCGCUCGUCCUGGACAAAUGUUCUCGUCGAUCGAGCGGUGAAGAAGAAAGGAGGGAACGACCUCGGCGAAGUUUUGUGUCAGUGUCACGUGCGUGUACCGCCACGGGUGACGAUAACGAGAUCGAAGUGAAGCCCGCGAAAGGUGAAAGAGUGAUCGAAAAAAAUAGAAACGGAAAGCAGCAGCGGGAAGAGGAGGCGUGUCCCGGGUUCCCUGAAGCAGCGGGGGCCUUGGCGGUGGCGGUGGCGGUGAACCGGGAAAGGGUUGAGGAGGGUGGCCCGUAGGGAGAGAGGAGAGCUUUGAUGGCAGUAGUUGGGCCCAGCCGGCACUCGCGGGUGUCCAUGAGCGUGUCUAUGUCCCUGAUGCAGGGGGGUGGGGCGGGGGCGACAGGCGGCGGCGGGACAACGGGGGCCCACCCGGGGCAAGCGGUCCUCGCUGCGGCGGCCGCGGCUGCGGCUGCGGCCCAGGCACCCCCCACCUACUACCAUCCCGCCGCUCCUGCGCCCCCGCCACCGCCGCCAGCCCAGGAUCCCGUUCAGCCCGACAGACCCAUCGGAUACGGUGCCUUCGGCGUCGUCUGGGCGGUCACGGAUCCAAGGGACGGUAGGAGAGUGGCUUUGAAGAAACUGCCAAACGUCUUUCAGAGUCUCGUGAGCAGCAAACGAGUCUUCAGGGAGCUGAAGAUGCUCUGCUUCUUCAAACACGAAAACGUCCUCUCGGCCUUGGACAUCCUGCAGCCACCGCACCUGGACUUCUUCCAAGAAAUAUACGUGAUCACCGAGCUGCUACAGAGCGAUCUACACAAGAUCAUCGUCAGUCCACAGCAUCUCAGCCCUGACCACAUCAAGGUCUUCCUGUACCAGAUACUUCGAGGUCUCAAGUACCUUCACUCGGCCAGAAUCCUACACAGGGACAUCAAGCCGGGUAAUUUACUCGUGAAUAGCAACUGCGUGCUGAAGAUCUGCGACUUCGGACUGGCCCGAGUGGAGGAGCCCGACCAGAACAAGCACAUGACCCAGGAAGUGGUGACGCAGUAUUAUCGUGCACCGGAAAUCCUGAUGGGAGCGCGGCACUACACGGCCGCGGUGGACGUCUGGAGCGUCGGAUGCAUUUUCGGCGAACUUCUGCGUCGGCGGAUCCUCUUCCAGGCGCAGAGUCCUGUGCAACAGCUGGAGCUGAUCACGGAAUUGCUGGGCACACCGACCCUCGAGGACAUGAAGUACGCGUGCGAGGGUGCGAGAUCCCACAUGCUGAGGCGCGCACUGAAGCCACCCUCGCUGACGGCCCUCUACACCCUCAGCAGCCAGGCGACGCACGAGGCCGUCCAUUUGCUCUGCCAGAUGCUAGUCUUCGAUCCCGACAAGAGGAUCACCGUGGUAGAUGCUCUGGCGCAUCCUUAUCUCGACGAGGGAAGACUCAGAUAUCACUCGUGCAUGUGCACGUGCUGCUACACGACCAGCGCGGGCUUGAGACAGUACACAGGGGACUUCGAGCCAGCCACGUCUCAUCCUUUCGACGAUCUCUGGGAGCGGAAACUCACCACCGUGCAGCAGGUGAAAGAGGAAAUGCACAAAUUUAUAGCAGAACAGCUGAACACGUCGCGCGUGCCGCUCUGCAUAAAUCCGCAGUCCGCGGCGUUCAAGAGCUUCGCAAGAGCCACGUUUCAGAGCCAGGAAAACCACGCGAUCGACGAUGGAACGCUAGUCUCGGGUUCGAGGGGGGUUGAGGAGCAAUCGGGCAGCACGUCUCCGAUUGGCAGCCGGGACAUUGACGAUAAAUGGCAGCCGCCGCGCGGAGAAAUUGCAGCCGGGGCGAUUCUAAUCAGCCUGUCGGACGCCAUAAGUUACGCUGUUAAGGAGUCACAGAUAACGCCCGAGAAAAUAAUCAGGCCUAAUGAAACUGUUUGCAAUGCUGAUUAAUGAUAAAGGGAAGCGAGUCUUAGAUUACACGUGGGCCGGCCUUUUCGUCCCUCUCCUUUCUCUCUUUGCAGCUAAUGUUAUUAAUAAGGACACGGCAACGUGUUUCCUCUCGAUUCCUAUUACCGGACGAUUUCACAACCGAUCCUUCAGAUUUAUCGACGACGUCGUAUCUUACGCGACUCCACCCCGAUCUUUCAUCGUCGUCGCCGCGAGGAUCCACUGGUCACGAACUUCCGGAAUGUUCUCAACCUCGGUUUUCAAACACUGCCUGACGGGAUUCGAGCACCAAGGCCCUCCCCCCGGAACACACGAGAAAUCGUUUAAGGGUGGACUCGUGUUCACUGCCAAGCGACAGUCCUUCGAAAAUAUCUUGGCUUUAGCUUCUUAAAACGUUUAUUCUUAGUUACGAAAAUAUUUUCCGUUACUCUACGAUCAACGAGUAGUGCAUUAUAAUACUGUAUCAUUGUCUAUGUGGAACGUAUUAUUCCAGA